CCUCAGGACGCUAUUGGUAGUAAGUAGGCACACGGCUCAGUUAGAAGAGCGGGCCCGUUGGGAGAUCCUAGGGCCUUUUACCCUCUCGCUCUCUCUAUCUCUUCAACGUGUUGGCCUCUUGUGCCCCGUUAUCACCGAUUGCUAUCGAUAACUCAAAGUGCGACUCGCUUGAGUGUAUUCAAAGGUGGACUGUCGACACAUCGCGAGUUUUUCGUUUUGAUUGCUAUCUCAUCGUUGUGUUUUUACCUUUUACCUGUGCGUGUGAUAUAUUAUGUUCAGUUUUCCAUAUAUCCGUGUCUACUUCUGAUUCAGCAGUGUGGAAAGUAGAAAGUGACCUGGCUUCUUAUUGUUAUUGAGGAGACUUGAGAGCGAGCUAUGUUGUACUUUGAGUGAUGAAGUUCACGUGACUGGGUUGUACCACAGUGUUUUUGACUUCACCUGUCGUGUGUUGUUCUUUAAACUCUGUGUGUGUGUGCCUGCUUAUGUUGGCAGCACGCGCACAAACACACGUGAACGGGUGCUUUCCUUCAAAAGGAGUUGUUACUCAGCUUGGACGAAGGAAGUGCUAAAUAUUUUGAUUAUACUGUGCUGAAUUACUUGUUUACAAAAGACAAAACAAAGGGGUAAACCCAAACAAACACUGUCUGUGGACGAGGUAUCCGCGUGUAGUUCCGCCCUGUGGAGUCUUCCCCCACCUGCACGUGUCGUGGUGAGCGUGUGUUGGUUCUUGUGAGCAGCGAGCUGUCCCUUUCGCCAGCAGCCCCAGGCCUCACGCAAGUAGCGGGACCCCAGCUUUUCCCCCCGUCUCGCCUCACUGAACGCCCGAGCGCUCACCCUCUUGCCCACGGCCUUCACAGAGCCGCGAGUAUUCCACAGACUCGUGUCCCUCUCGCCCGUCUGAUCGCUCUUCUAACACCCGUGAUCGACUCGUCUCUCUAAGAACAAAGAGUCCGGAGAAAAGCCAGCCCGGACAUUGUGCUGUUACUUCUCUUUCUUUCUCUCUCUGUCUCUUUCUCUCACACACACAUACUCUCUCACGCAUUCCCCACUCGCGCACUCGCUCGCACGCACGCGCACACAUCCGGAUAGACAACACCAAGUGUUCAAUCGGACGUCAAGUGAGGUAGGGGUGACCAUAUCGCCUUCCUGCUUUACACCCGUACUCACUACUGCCGCCACCGCCAUCGUCCCUCCCGACUCGCUGGCACCGUGGUCCGCCGGCAGGCAGCGUGAGCAGCACUAGCUUCAGCAGAGCGGUCCGCGCGGUGCUACCACCACCAUCAACAGGCGAGAGUUCCGCGACCGCAUCAUCAUCCCCCGGCCCGGAGCCAGAACAGCGCGGUCGCUCCUCCUCGGCUCCAGCACUUGUUGAGACGGCGAGGGGCUAAUCGGCCGUCAUUAGCGCUGUCCUCCACGGCCGCCGCCACCACCAGCGCCAGCAGCAGCAGCAGCAGCACUAGCCCCCGCCUGCCUCGGCGUACACACACCGUCCACCAUUGCGGUCCACUCGUACCGAAGGCUGAGGAUGCACCCCUACUACUACGUCCAGUACGUGCCCAUCUCCCUCAAGCAGGACUUGGAGAUGAAGGUCAACUGGGCCGCUUCACCAAGCACAGCGCCCAAGCAGGACACUAGCAAACACUUCCAUGUGUUCGUAGGGGACCUCAGCAGUGACAUUGAGCAGCACCAGCUCCGUGACGCCUUCUGCGUGUAUGGAGAGAUCUCAGACUGUAAGAUCAUACGGGACCCAGCCACCAUGAAAUCCAAAGGCUAUGGCUUUGUUUCAUUUGUGAAUAAACAGGAUGCAGAGCAGGCUAUAAAUGGAAUGAACAACCAGUGGUUGGGCACCCGGCCCAUACGGACCAACUGGGCCACCCGGAAGCCACCAGCUCCUGUAGUCAAAGAGAACACAAAGCCCCUGGUCUAUGAGGAGGUGUUCAGCCAGUCAUCCCCGACCAACUGUACAGUGUACUGUGGAGGAGUUACUAAUGGCUUGACCGAGGAGCUGAUGCGAAAGACAUUUUCCCAGUAUGGCACCAUACAGGAAGUCCGUGUCUUCAAGGAUAAAGGAUAUGCCUUUAUUCGGUUCAGCACGAAGGAGGCCGCCACUCAAGCCAUCUGUGCCGUGCACGGUACUAGCAUCAGUGACCAGCCGGUCAAGUGCUCUUGGGGCAAGGAGUCGAACGACUCGAACCCAUCCGCUCAGCAGACAACGUCUAACUCUACAAUGACGAGUGUUGUUGAUCCCCGACAGCCGCCUGUGGUGAUGGUCCCAUCUCAGCAGCAACCACAAAUGGCAGCUCCGCCAGCCACAGCACCGUACAGUCAUCAGUUUUAUAACAUGGGAUACUACCCCUCCAACCCGUACGCUACAGGGGCACCCACCUACCAGGCGCCCGUGGCCGCUCAGGGCCAGUACAUUCCUGCCGGCCCCGGCCAGUGGCCCGCCUACUCCAACUACCAGGCCUACGGGAGCAUGAACGUGCCCAUGGGUCAGUACACGGGCAUCCAGGUACAGCCCACCCAACAGCAGCAGUUCAACGGCCAGGGCCAGGGAGUUGUUGGCUACCCCAUGCCGCAGGGUGAGAUUGACAGUUUUCCUAUACCGGGCUCCUAGAUCAGUGAAAUGGCUUCCAGCCGGCCCAGUGACUUUCAUUUAGGUGACUAGACACGGAGACUCAACGGGACCCACUGCGCUCUCAGGCCGGAACAUCUGGGAAUAAUUUGGAUCAAGACUAUGUUAGAUAACGGAUUUAUAGGAUAUUUUGCGUCUUGGGUUUGCGACUCGGACAUUGUAAGAGGGUCGUUGAGGAUGCGACACAUGGUAAAGGAAGGGGGGGAAAAUAAAAUGCCACUUUUUGAUUGAUGAUAAGCUGAAGACCGCAGGUUGUGGGAAAAGAUUAGAAAACUGCUGCCACGUCCCGGAAGCUGAGAGCCUGUUUAGCUGGCUGGAUCAACGGGACUCCCCAUCUUCCCAUGUUUUUGAUACAUGCCUGCACUGGUGCGGACGAUGGUUUCUAUGUGUGAACAUUACUUUAUGAGAAUGUGUGUAAACGUUGUGUGUGGAAGAAUAAUAUAACAUGUGAAUGACAUAUGAAUGUAAUGGGAAUGUGUAAGAGGGUAUAAUGUGUAAGUGAAUGAAUAUAUAGUGUUGUUGUUUAACUGUACAUUUGUUUUUCGGCCAUUGUAUGUGUGCCGCUUGUCUUGGUUUGUCCACAUGCUCACUUUGUCGUGUACAGGAGAUGGAUUUGGAUUAUGAUGUCCGGUUUUGUGGUGUUUCCUGUUGCUGAUGCUGUAACUGUAUCAUGAAUGACCUAUCCGUGGAUUCUGUUGUGGAAUGUAAACUUGAUUAAAGUAUUUUGUCAACAUGACUGUAUUGUUUGACUGGGUCCAAGUUGGGCUAGUUCUAUUAAUGUGUUUUGUGUUUUUCACUGGGAAUCAACUGUUUGACAAGUUUCUAGGGGGAAGAUCUUUGUGUGAGCUCGUGCCUAUUGUAUAUUGCGGAAAAGGCGUACAUGUACGCACAAGCACUCACACACUAGCGCAUGCAAACACACACAAAGAUACACACACAAUGUGCGCGCAGUCUGAUACAUUGAUUUAAUUAAUGAAGCUGAUGAGUUUCUUGUUUUCAUGUAAUGAUCAUGCCAUAUUUCUCUUGAAGCUGUAAAUACAUGUACCUUGUUGUGAUGUAUUCUACUCUGGGCCCCCAGCGCAGGUCGUACCUGACUCAUCCACAGACAACAGUUUGGAAAAAUUCUCACUUUUCUUACAACUCCUGUGGCUGAUGCUCAUCUUUAGAAUUUUCCAUCGUUAAUUAAUGAUAAGUUUUUGUUGGUUUCCCCGGGAUGGGUUGUUCAUCAAUUCUUGGUUGUGUAGGGGAUGGACAAGCUGAACAUUUUGGUGUUCAUUUCAAACCUCAGUUCAUUUUACAGAGUAUUCAGGUCGCAUCAAUAUUUCAACUGCGCUGAAUGUUGACAACUCAAGAAUUUUUUUCUUCCAACUGGCAAGUGAUUUGAUUUGCUUAUGUUUCGCGUUAUAAUAGUUGAUUUUUUUUUUUUUUGUUUCACUGAAGUAACUUUUUUUUUUAGAAUAGAGACAUUAGAGCUUGUUUUAAAAGUGUAUCUUGUAUUUUCCUGAGUAGAUCUAAUUGGUUUGGUGUUUUUUUAUUUGACUCGCAUUUUAAAAAAUAUGAAAUGCGUUGUUUCUGUGAGGGAAAAUCCACAGAUUGUUAAUGGAAGCUGUCAAGUCUCUCUUUGCCAAUUGUAUAGUUUAUUUAUUUAAAUUUAAUGCAGUGCCUGCUAAAACUAGCUGUCGUUUUGUGGCUGUUUGUACCAGGGUGUUGGGCUCAGGAGGAGUGCUGUGUAGGGUUUUUCUACUGAAAUGAUUCUUGUGUUUGGUUUGCUGUCAGGGUCCGACUGGCCUGCCAACCCACCAUGAGCUCUGUACAGAUGACGUUGAUCCAUUGUGUAUUCACAGAUGACACUGUUCCAUUGCCUGUACUUUCCCAUUGAUUGUUAGGAGUGAUAGGCCCUAAUGUUUUGUGAUCUCCAUGAGGCAGGGAUUGAACGUUGCCCAUCUCUGUUGUUGAACUCUCGGCUGUUCUAAUUUUGUUAAAAAUCCCUUUAAAAAGAUGAGCUACGGUACCCUGUUCUCUUUCGUUUCUAUGUUAGUUUGACAAUGUUGUCCAAGUUUCCAACCUUUUUCUGAAAGAAUAUUCUACCUCUUGUGUUUUCUGAAGUUUGACAUUCUAAAGUGUGAUAAUGAUUGUGGGAGGGGGGAUGGGAUAGUUAUGUUAUAAAAUGGUCAGAUAAAUAGAAAGUUAGAUUGUUGGAAGAAGAAACCUGCCUUUUUAUCGUUAUUUAAUGGAAAGUUUAUUGUUUUAGUUUAAUUUCUGUGCUGUGACUGUUUUGUUGGAAAACUGUUUCAGUCUAGCUAUUCUCUAUCGUGGUUUACGAAGUAGAGCUUGUAGCUCUGAUCUGUCCCAUUUGUUAUAGGUUUUAGAGGGAUAGAAAAAUGACUAUAGUUCUAGAAUGAGGAAUGGGUGCUUGUUGUAUCCCUGAGGCCUCUCUUGUGGUUUUCUUCUAGAUGUCUAUAGUUCUUGGAGUAGUGUAUUAUAUAAAAUAAGUAUGGAUCACUUUCUUAGACUGAAGUGUUCCGUUCAUGUGUUGAGGGAUGCACCAUCUUACUUGUUGCCUUGACAACUGUAAAUAAAGGGCACUUUAUCAUUUUUUUGACCGUUUAGUUUUAUGGGCUCUGCAGACCAGAAAGAGUUGAUGAUAGCUAAGACAAACAUGUUUUGAACACAUAUGAAUGUAGUCAAUGUGUUGUUCAUUAAUAUAAUUGUAAUAACUUGUUUUUGGACUAGGUUUUUCACUUCAGUAUCUCAUCUCUUCUCCAUGUUUCAUGUCUGUGUGGUGAAUAUGACAGCACAUAGUUCAAGAGUUGAUAGUGGAGAUUUAGAUGUGUUCCACACCUUGUCAUUCUGUCCUUCAAGUACGAGGGGUGUGCGUUUCUGGUUCAGCAAUUCAAGCACACUGUCCCCCCCCCUCUCUCCCUCUGUCCGUCUCUCUCUGUCCAGUGAUUUCCUUUAUGUUGCUACAGGGUCUCUGUCUUUGUCUGCCCACUGGGCUCAGUGCAGCUGUAGUGGGUAUGUGUAUCCAUCUUCCCACACAGGUAUGUGGUUAAGUGUUGUGUUAGGGAUUCAAUAAAUUGAAUAAUGUGUCAAUCCCCUUCCCCACCUUCCCCCAGCAUAACAUGCAGGUCAUAACCGUGGAUCUGUCAUGUCUGUUAUUGUCUUCUUGUUUGUUUGGCUUGUUGUUGGAGGGUUCCUCCUCUCGAGUUGUAUGAAAAGAGCCAACAAUAUCAUUCCUCAAAGUUAAUUGAAAAACGUCUGGAGCAGAAAGAAUUCCAUUUGUCAUCCUCAUACAAGUCUUUUUGUCACAAUGUUGAAGAUUGUCCCCCCCCAAGUUGAUGUUUUUGGGUUUUCUCAUUUUGUUGUCCUCUUCAGUAGGGCCGAUAGAUUCUGUGGCUUCGGACAAAACGUUGCUCUGAGCAGAAAAGUAGGAGUUCUCAUGUCUGGUUUUGUAAUGGUUUCAGUCUUGAUACAAUAAUAAUGUGUAGGUGUGCAAUCUUUGCCUGCAGUGUGAUGUUCUGCUCAAGCCAAGGGACAGCUGUGUGCCUCGCCACCUGGUGGGAGCCGUGCUGGCGCCGCUGGGGAGACCACUGUGCUUGUCCUUGAUGUGUGAAUGUACUUUGUACCUUUAUGAUGUGCACUACAAGUUGUAUGAUGUUGCGUUGUUGCUGCGCCCACCUUUAGAAUGUUCUGGGAUUUCCCUGUUUGUACUAACUGACCUGACCACACAGCGUUCAACAACCUGUUUGUUUAUUUCUCUCUCCUCCUCCCCCCCCCCCCCCCCCCCCCCAAAACUCUGAAUAAUGAGCCUCCCCUGUUAGACAUCUGCUUUAUACCAUGCAGGGUUGUUUGUUUUUUUCACGUUGGUCUUCUCAUUAUUUGGUGGAGGAAAUUCAUCAUAGACACAGUAAAAGGAAAAAAAAAGUCAUAACUGCAAAAAUGACGGAAAGGUUGGUUUUUUAAUUAAAAAACAUGAAAAAGAAUGUGAGUAUUACAAGUGUGAGUCUGCCCAUUGCGAGUGUCAUCGUUCCCACUUUUCCAAGGGUUGGGUGCCGUUUCACCUUCGUCAUUUACCUGUGUGCUCCUCUCUCCAGUUACCUAGCCCACAAACCCGUCAGAGGUAUUUCUGGGAUCUCCAAUGUUGAGUUUUUCAGCGGCGCAAGUUUCUGGUGUGUAGGAGAGUGCUUGUUACAUCUGUAUAUAGCUUCACUGUUCGUGUCCAUGAUGAUAACAUUAUUAUAAUACAUAAAAUGGAUCUUUGUAAUAUGAAUAAGUAAAAUGAUCAUCCCCAUUGCAGUUUUGUUCAUUGUCCAUUGAUUGACAUGCACACUCGACAGUUUAGAAGACACAUGACCUGAUAUGUUGAAGAGGAGAAGAGGUAUGUUACCUCCAGCUCAAUGGUAAAUCCUUAAGCAUUUUUUUUCCCAGACACUUUAUCAUAAAUAUACAUUUCGUCUCUUUUGUCCAAUAAAUAAUAUGUUGAUGUAAGGGGUUUUCUGUUAUUUUUACUUUUUUUUUUUUUUUAAACCGUUGUUGGUUAUGUUCAAAUUUUUAGAUAUUUAUUGUCAAAUUUAAAAGUAUUGUUAGGUUCUGUGGUAGGUUAUUGUUCAGGAGUCUAAUGGUAUUACAUUCUUUGUAAUAAACACUUUGUUCUGGGAAGACAUUUUGUGUGUAAAUACGGGCGUUGUUUGUUUUCUGAACUGUCUGGUCUCAUUCGCACUGAGGCCCGCCUCCAUGUCUAGGAUGUCUUCUCUCUGUCUGGUCCAGACGCAGGACUACAAGACUUGGGGACUGUCCAGGUCGACUGCCCCACCUGCAUCCCAGGGCCAGAGAGAGAGAAAGAAAGAGAGAAAGAGAAAGAAAGAGAGUGUGACUGACUUGUUUGGAGAGAACACACAAUGAGAAACAACUUAUGCAGUAAUUGUCUUUGAAAUAAAGAGGAUCAUCAUCA